AUGAGAUCACAGCAUCAGUCUGUCCUUUGUAGAUCUGGACAAUGAUCACAGAGCCAGAUUGGAUUAGUGAAACCUAUUUACCAGAAGUUCAGAGCGGUUGCAUGAAGCUGAAAGGCAGUCAGUAGGGAGACGUGGAAAAUGCACCAGAUUUACAGCUGCAGCGACGAGAAUUUAGAAGUUUUCACCACUGUGAUUUCAUCCAAAUCAUGUAGUCCUGCCCGAAGACGAGCCAAAACUACGCAGCACAUCCUAACAAAGAACGUGGUGGCCAUCUCCGACCGCCGGCCCCACCAGGGUGACCUGCUGCAGGUGCUGUACAGCGAGGACGAGGCGCGGGGCCUGGGCGGGCAGAGGGGGCCCCGCCCCGCCAAGGGCACGGCCCAGCACGUGGGAAUUAAUGAGCGAGAGUCAUCCAAGUCCUAUAGUCACCUGUUGGAUGGAAAGUCUUUGAUUCCUCCAUCUCCAGUUGCCCAUAUCACAGUGAAAACUGUGACUGUCACAGGCUCUCCCACACGUGACUGCACUUCUACAGAGGACCACAGGCACCGCUGGAGAAAGACAACAGAGUAUGACCUGGCUCUGCCACCAGGAGCAGAAGCUUCCCUGCCACUGACAGGAGGCAACCUGUGCGGGACACCCAGCCUCCUAAGGAAGAUGUGGAUGAAGCACAAGAAGAAGUCAGAGUACCUGGGGGCAACAAACAGUGCCUUUGAGGCGGACUGAUGAGGCUCAGCGUCACUUGGAAAGGCAGAAGGUCCUUUAGCCAAGGUGCUUUACAGAACAGACACAGCACAGCUCAUCCAGGAAAACAAUAUCCUUUUUAUUACUUCAUGCCAUUGCCUCAAAACAGUGGGAGAAAGGCUAAGAUAAAAGUGGUGAACAUGA